GUAAUUUUUUUGGAAGAAGAAAAACUUUAAUAUCAUUUAUUAAUUUAAUAUGUUUAAACUGUCUACAGACUUACUACAGUAGCGUAGAAAGCAAGAAGUACGGCCCUCCGCUCAUUGCAAAAUGCCCUAAUAUUUUAGUAACAAAAUUAAAAAUGCUUCAAAAUUAGGAAAAACUAACCUCGGGAGGAUGGAUAAAGUUUAAUCCAAAACCCAAGAGCUUCCAGGGAUAUAAGGUGUGCCUUGGACCCCGGGUGUAAGGAGUUGUGUCUCCUCCAAUGACCAUUUUCAUGGGUAUUGACAAGUAUGAGAAUGAAGACUUGAUCAAGUGGGGAUGGCCAGAAGAUGUGUGGUUUCAUGUAGACAAAGUUUCUUCAGCUCACGUGUACUUGAGGCUCAGGCCUAAUCAAACUCUAGAUGACAUUCCAAGCAAGGUUCUUGAAGACUGUGCUCAACUUGUGAAAGCUAACAGCAUCCAAGGAAAUAAGAUGAAUAAUGUGGAUGUUGUAUACACAAUGUGGGAGAAUCUAAAAAAGACUCAAGGAAUGGAAGUUGGUCAAGUGGGGUUCCACAAACAGAAGUUGGUUCAAAGCAUUCGUGUAGAGAAGAGAAUGAAUGAAAUAGUAAAUAGGUUAAACAAGACGAAAGAAGAAAGACAUCCUAAUCUUCAAGCUGAAAGAGAAGAGAGAGACAGAAUAGAAAGGGAGGACAAGAAAAAAAUACUACGAGAACAGAAAGAGAGAGAAAAGGAAGAAGAAAAGAGAAAAAAAGAAGCAGCAGAACUAAGAAAUUACUCGUCACUAAUGAAACCUGAAAAUAUGACAUCAAAUAGGGAUUUUUGUGACGACUCCGAUGAUUUUAUGUAACAAGAAGGUCUAACAUUUACAAUCUGAUCUGACUUACGACCAAAAUCUACCUUAGAUAUCUUGGUGGUUUCAACCUUACCAGUAAUUUUGUAUUCCGAUCUGGUGUAUUCUUCCUGAAGUUUUGUGAAGAAUAAGAUCUCAAACUAUCUAUAUCUUCAUAGUUCCAACUGUUCCAGUAUUUUGUAUUCUGAUCUGAAGAAUUCUUCCUGAAGUUUUUGUGAAGAAGAAUAUCCUAAGUUAUCUACGAUAACACACAACUUCAGUUAUUUAAAUAAAAGACACUGCUGUGUCGUUUUCAUUUUUGAACAUAAAAGCUAAUGAUUUUGUAUUCUAAAGAAUAUAUGCAGUGUAUUUUCCUAACAAAAAAGAUGAAAUAAAGUAUUUUUCAUUAGGCAA